AUCUGGAAAAAUAACCUUUUAUUCUGAAAUAAAUAUAAAAUUAUUAUUUUUUAAAUGAAAGCUGUUUCGGUUCUGCAAUAACUAGAUAUAAAAGCAAAAAUGCACGCAGCAAAUGCGUUUGUGAGAAAUACGGUGCUCUUCAACCCAAGUUUGAGAUCCUCUUCACAAGUGACUAGGAAUGUAUCAAAAAUUGCAUCACAUUUGCAUAGAAAGCCGCUGGGAAACCGCCUAUUGAAUAGUUUUAACAGAUACAGUGCCCAUAACUCCAGAGUUUGUGCCUAUGAUGGUGUUUUUUCUCUUAUUAAUCAGCGUUAUCCCAGUAGACUUUACUCAACUGGCAAUAAGAAUAAUCCGGAGGAGGCAGAUCCAGAGGGAGUAGAUGUUAAGGAUGAGACACCACUGUUUUCAAGUCAGUUGCCAGCCACAGUUGCUGUGCCGGAGGUGUGGCCGCAAGUACCCGUGAUUGCUAUUAACAGAAAUCCUGUGUUCCCCAGGUUCAUCAAGCUUAUAGAGAUAUCGAAUCCAGCUUUAAUAGAUCUUAUAAGACGAAAAGUAAAAUUAAACCAGCCAUAUGUAGGCAUUUUUCUCCGUAAAAAGGAAGAUGAGAAAUCUGAUAUAGUAUCGAGUUUGGACGACUUGCAUGACGUUGGUGUGUUCGCACAAAUACAUGAAAUGCAGGAUAUGGAUUACAGGUUGAGAUUAGUUGUGAUGGCGCACCGGAGAAUUAAGAUUACUGGGCAGUUUGUUGAGGAUGAGAUUGAAACUGGGCCUGCAGAAAUGAAGCUCAAGUUUCCCGUGUUUAACGUGGAAUUUAACGUUACCCGCGAAGAAUCAGAUGCCGAACGACGAAGAAGGAAAUACCGCAACACGAGACGGAAGAAUAACGAAACGGAGGAGGCCACCGGCGAGAAGGAGACAAAAAAAACAUUACCGGACCAGGUUAUGAUGGUCAAAGUUGAGAAUAUGCAGCAUGAGAAGUUCCAGCAGAAUGAGGAGGUGAAAGCGUUGACUCAAGAAGUUAUCAAGACCAUACGGGAUAUUAUUAAUAUGAAUCCUUUGUAUAGGGAAUCCUUGCACCACAUGCUGGCGCAGGGCCAGCGCGUGGUGGACAACCCGGUGUACCUCAGCGACCUGGGCGCGGCGCUGACGGGCGCGGAGCCCGCUGAACUGCAGGCCGUGCUUGAGGAGAUGGAUAUACCAAAGCGCCUGAUGAUGUCACUGUCUCUGCUGAAGAAAGAGUACGAGCUGUCCAAACUGCAGCAGAAAAUCGGCAAAGAAGUGGAGGAAAAGGUCAAGCAACAGCACCGAAAGUACAUACUACACGAGCAGCUAAAGGUGAUAAAAAAAGAGCUAGGUCUUGAAAAGGACGACAAAGACGCGAUAGGCGAUAAGUUCCGGGAGCGUCUCGCCGACAAACAGGUACCGGCGGCCGUGCAAACCGUUAUUGACGAAGAACUGAACAAAAUAAACUUCCUCGAGAGCCACAGUUCCGAGUUCAACGUUACCCGUUGUUACCUCGACUGGCUAACCUCGCUCCCCUGGGGAGUGACAUCCGAGGAGAACCUGAAACUGGAAGACGCACAAGUUAUCCUGGAUGAGGAUCACUACGGAAUGGAAGACAUCAAGAAGAGGAUCCUGGAGUUUAUAGCGGUGUCCCAACUUAAGGGCAGUACGCAGGGCAAGAUCCUAUGCUUCCACGGACCUCCGGGUGUCGGCAAGACUAGUAUAGCACGCUCAAUAGCUCGAGCGCUGAACAGACAGUACUUCAGGUUCUCCGUGGGCGGUAUGACGGACGUGGCGGAGAUCAAAGGUCACCGCCGCACGUACGUGGGCGCCAUGCCCGGCAAACUGGUGCAGUGCCUCAAGAAAACCGGCACCGAGAAUCCGCUCGUACUCAUCGACGAAGUCGACAAGAUCGGCAAAGGCGUCCACGGAGAUCCCUCAUCAGCCCUGCUAGAACUCCUGGACCCGGAACAGAACGCAAACUUCCUGGACCACUACCUGGACGUAGCUGUCGAUUUAUCCCGGGUAUUGUUCAUCUGCACCGCCAACGUGGUAGAUUUAAUCCCGGAACCGCUGCGGGAUAGGAUGGAACUCAUAGAUAUGUCUGGUUACGUAGCUGAGGAGAAGUUAGCGAUCGCCCAACAGUACUUAGUGCCGACCGCACAGAAGAACUGCGGCCUCAGCCAGGAGCAAAUGGAACUCACUCCGGAAAGUCUGCACACCCUCAUCAAGUCCUACUGCAGAGAGAGCGGUGUUAGAAAUCUGCAGAAGCACAUCGAAAAGAUCGCACGAAAAGUUGCCUAUAAAAUCGUGAAGCAAGAAGCCGAUAAGAUGGUCAUAAACGAUAGCAAUUUAUCGGAACUGGUGGGGAAACCCACGUUUAAACACGACCGCAUGUACGAUAUCACCCCUCCAGGAGUGGUUAUGGGGUUGGCGUGGACGGCGAUGGGUGGUAGUACACUGUAUAUUGAAACGGCUCUCCGCAACACGUUCAAAGACGAGAAGCUAACAGCCGGCUCCAUGGAGCUGACAGGGCACCUCGGUGACGUCAUGAAGGAGUCCGCCCGCAUAGCCCUGACAGUCGCUAGGAACUUCCUCUCAGAUUACAGUCCUGAGAACAACUUCCUGAACACGAGCCACUUGCACCUGCACGUGCCGGAGGGCGCCACGCCCAAGGACGGCCCGUCGGCCGGCGUCACGGUGACGAGCGCGCUGCUGUCGCUGGCGUUGCGGCGCCCGGUGCGCGCGCAGCUGGCCAUGACGGGCGAGGUGUCGCUGACGGGCCGCGUGCUGCCCGUGGGGGGGAUCAAAGAGAAGAUCAUCGCGGCGAAACGUGUGGGUGUGACCUGCGUGAUCCUUCCAGAAGAGAACAGAAGAGACUUCGACGACUUGCCGUCCUUCAUCCGUGAAGGCAUCGAUGUGCACUUCGUCAACGAAUAUGAGGACGUGUUCAAGAUCGCGUUCGAUCACGACCAGUUUGGAGACUUCGUUGGCGUCAAAAGCGCUUCGCUCAACUAGGAUUGGCGACUUCAAGACAAGGUUUAAGUUGUGUUUCAACAAAUUUUAUUUUAAUAAAUACAAAUAAUAGCACAAUUAA